AUGCCCCCCACCUCCUUUCUUCUCUCUCAAGCAGCUCUCUCUCUCUCUCUCUCUCUCUCUCUCUCUCUCGUAUGUGUAUGUGAAAGAAGCGAUGGGAGAAAUUGGGAUCAUUUCAAUUGUGAUAUUGAGCAUUUUGGUUGUGUGGUGGGGAUGGAAAGUGUUGGAAUGUAUAUGGUUGAGGCCUAAAAAGCUGGAGAGGCUUCUGAAGGAACAAGGCAUCAAAGUCACUCCAUACAAUUUACUGUCGGGUGAUCUAAAAGAGAACCAGCGGCAAUUCGAGGAAGCUCGGUCCAAGCCCAUGAACUUAUCCCAUAAUAUUGUUCCACGUGUGUUGCCCUUUCAUCUUCAAACAAUAGAGAAGUACGGUAAAAACUCUGCCUUUUGGUUUGGAACAACUCCAAGAUUGUAUAUUAUGGAUCCUGACCUCAUAAGAGACAUUAUGAGCAACAAGUUUGGUCACUUUCAGAAGAUCAAAGGAAAUCGACUAGUAAAGUUUUUUUUGACUGGACUUGUAACCUAUGAGGGUGAGAAAUGGGCCAAACACAGAAGGAUUAUAAACCCUGCCUUUCAUAUGGAAAAAAUUAAGCAAAUGUUAUCGGCAUUUUACACAAGCUCUAAUGAGAUGGUCAGCAAAUGGGAGAAAUUGGUUGCAUCAGAAGGGUCUUGUGAAUUGGACGUGUGGCCCGAACUCCAAAAUUUAACAGGAGAUGUCAUCUCUAGGGCAGCAUUUGGUAGCUCUUACGAAGAAGGUAGAAGGAUAUUCAAAUUACACGAUGAGCAAGCCGAGCUUCUCGUGCAAUCUUUCCAGACUGCAUUCAUCCCUGGUUUUAGUUUGCUGCCAACGAAAAGGAACAAACGAAUGAAAGAAAUUUACAGAGAAGUGCAAUCCCUUUUAAUGGGCAUCAUCAACAAAAGACAAAAGGCUAUGGAGGUUGGAGAAACCAAUAACGAUGACUUGUUAGGCUUGUUACUUGAAUCCAACAAUAAGGAAAUUCAUGAAAACAAAAACAAGAAGAAUGUUGGGAUGACCAUCGAAGAGGUCGUCCAAGAGUGUAAACUAUUUUACUUUGCAGGACAAGAAACCACAUCUGUUCUCCUUGUUUGGACGAUGGUUGUAUUAAGUAUGCAUUCUGAAUGGCAAGUUCGUGCAAGGGAAGAAGUAUUACAAGUCUUUGGGAAGGACAAACCAAAUUUUGAUGGGCUAAGUCACCUAAAAAUUGUUACCAUGAUUCUAUAUGAGGUUCUUAGAUUAUAUCCACCAGCGAUAUUUAUUAAUCGGUGUACAUACAAGAACACAAAACUAGGAGAAGUAACUUUGCCCCCUGGAAUACAGUUAAUGUUACCUAUAGUCCUAGUUCACCAUGAUCAUGAAGUAUGGGGUGAAGAUGUAGAAGAAUUCAAACCAGAGAGAUUUGCAGAAGGGAUCUCAAAGGUCACAAAGAAUAAAGUCUCAUUUUUCCCAUUUGGUUGGGGCCCUCGAAUAUGCAUUGGGCAGAACUUCGCAAUAAUAGAAGCAAAGAUGGCUUUAGCAAUGAUUUUACAACGAUUUGCUUUUGAACUUUCUCCAUCCUAUGCUCAUGCUCCUACAACUAUAGCAACUCUUCAUCCACAGUAUGGUGCUCAAAUUAUAUUACAUAAACUGUAAAGUCAUCUUCAUAAUCAUCAUUUCUUGGUGAUUUAUCAUUAGAAAUUUUCAUUGCGAGUUAUUUUGAUUGUUUAAUUUUGUACCAAAUGUACUAUGUUUACAUAUGUUUGAAAAUCUACUCUUAACAACGAAGGAGAGAAUAUAGUUAUUGGUGUUACAA